UAGGAGCCCAUCCUCAUUUAUCCGUCAUCCUUCUGCGUUUCUCGGUCUCCCUUCAUACACCCUCGCGGCUCCUUAAUUGAUCAUCAUUAUGCUGGGCACUCUUGUCGGAUCCGCCAUGCUUCUGGUCGCGACCGCGAUCUUCCUUUACUAUACCACGUGGACUCUGUUGAUGCCCUUUGUUGAUCCCGGCCACCCUCUCCACGACCUCUUCCCUCCGCGUGUUUGGGCCAUCCGUAUCCCCGUCUUUCUCACUCUGCUUGGUUCCGCUGUGGUCGGUACCUUCAUAGGCAUUGUGAUGAUCAACAGCAACAAGAAGAAGGCUGCCAAGGCACAGGCAGCUGCUGCGAAGAAGAAGACUUGAGAUCUGAUAUCGUGGGACUGGAGACUACGUGGC